AUGGAAGUGUCAGAAUACAGUCCCCAGCGCCACUCCCUGCUGGAUGCCAUCCACAGAUUCAACACUGCCACGACCAUCAUGGAUGAAACAAUUAUGGUUCCCAGCAUGCUGCAGGACAUAACCCCUACCAAGGAGGAAAAUGGAGACAAUAUGAAUUCCAAAGAUGUCGUAGAAAACAGGAACCUGUAUGACUCUUACCUUCUCCUAAAAUCUCUAAGACACGAUAUGAAGUGGGGGAUUCACUCAGAAAAACAAAUUGUGGAAAAACACUGCCCUGACACGGAGGAUGACCAAGGGGAAGAGACGGGAGACCUGGUGGACCAAUUUCAGCACCAUCUUAGGGGACUCCUGUCUGUCCUGACAAAGCUGACCAAAAAGGCCAAUCUUUUGACCAAUUGCUAUAAGAAGGAAGUGGAGAUUGGAAACUCGACCAAUGGACUUUACUCAAAGAGCAACUACUACUACUAA